UUUUGAUCUUUUGAAAGAGAAUAGGUCAGAUCAGAUAUAAAGAAAUGAAUCUUAUGUGGCUUGGUUUACUUCGGUUAGUUCCCGUUUGGUUUAAUUUCUUGAAAAGCUGGGUUGGAGCCUGCUCCAUAUACCAUUUUUCUGAUGAGCGUGGUAGACGGCUUGCUAUCUGGAGUCUGAUCACUAGCACGGUGUGCUUUAUUUUUGCAUUUAAACUUGAAGACGGAUUCCUUUCCAGGUUUCUGUCAUUCACCUUAGUGGUUUCUCUUUUCACAACUGAAUACCUAAUCUAUGGUAGAUUGGGCAUCCAGGAUGUCUCACCUGUUAGUUUCUUUGAAGGCAUUGUAGCACGAUGGAUGAUGCUGUUCCUGCAAUAGAAUGCACGUCAACUUCAAGCUUUCAAGGAUUUAGCACUGUUGUAUAUUUUCUGUCGAGUAAUACUAGCCUUACAAAAAAGAAUACAAAGAACUAUAUAAAGAGUCAUAUCCAACCCUUGAAAAAAGGGAAAAAAAAGAGAGAGAAAGAGACAAUGAUGAAUUUCAAGGGUUAGAUUUGACUUUUUAUAUGCCUCUUUAUAAGGUUAGUAUUGCCCUUUUCUGUUAGGGCACUAGAAACGCAAGUUUAUAUACAAUCAAUGCUUUGGUCUCAGGACUGCUA